CCUCUUUCAAAUUCUGCAACUUUAAUCUGUUCAGUUCUAAACCACAACCAUAUCUCAAAGUGUUUUUGGUUUCAUCUGUUUCUCUCUUUCUAUCUCUACAACGACUACAAGUUUAACAAGAGAAUAAAAAGAGGAAAGAGCAUAUAUAUAUAUAUAUAUAUAUAUAGAGACAUAACCUCCGCCAUGAAUGCUGCUUUGCUUCCUCCACACCCAUCCGACUCUCCUUUUUAAGCCCUUCCCUCAUUCAAUUACUGAUCUGCCAAGCAAACCCGAAACCCAAUGGGGCAGUUCCCUUGACCCCAUUUUGGCUUUUGAUUAAAUCCCAUCCUUGCUUAUUUUCACUACCCCAAAUUCCAAAGUCUGAGUUUUUAGUGUGUAUCAAUGUCUAAGGAGCCAUCUGAGCCUGACCCUGAAGCCAUGCCAUUCACAGAAGCUUUCAAGAAGUUCAAGCGUUUGAAGCACUUUGAGCCCUUUUUGGGGGUAAUGGGAUUUUUCUUUGUGUCUGUUUGUGUGAUUCUAUGCUUCUUUUACUUGGAUUACAGAGCUGUUGGUAAGGGAUUUCGGUUUUCGGGUCAGUCGGAGCAGUUCAUGUGGCUGCAGAGCAAUGAGUCUAGCAAGGAUUUCAGAGUUGAGUUUUUAGGGGAGGAGGGAGGUGGUUGCGAUGUGUUUGAUGGGAAUUGGGUGUGGGAUGAGGCCUACCCUUUGUAUCAGUCCAGUGAAUGCCCUUUUUUGGAUGAAGGGUUUAGGUGUAAUGAGAAUGGCCGGCCUGAUUUGUUUUAUACAAAGUGGAGAUGGCAACCCAGAAGUUGCAACUUGCCCAGAUUUGAUGCAAAGCUGAUGCUGGAAAAACUGCGAGACAAGCGAGUAGUGUUUGUUGGUGAUUCCAUUGGACGAAACCAGUGGGAAUCAUUCCUAUGCAUGCUAUCUUCAGCAGUUCCCAACAAGGAUUCAAUAUACGAAGUGAAUGGCAACCCAAUUACCAAGCACAAGGGGUUUUUGGUGUUCAAAUUUAAGGACUAUAAUUGCACUGUGGAGUACUACAGAGCUCCAUUUCUUGUACUUCAAAGCCGUCCGCCUUCAGGAGCUUCACAAAAGGUCAGAACAACUUUGAGAUUGGACCAAAUGGAUUGGAAUUCUGCGAAGUGGAGAGAUGCAGAUAUUAUUGUUUUCAACACAGGACACUGGUGGAAUUAUGAGAAGACUAUAAGAGGGGGUUGUUACUUUCAGGAAGGGGCAGAAGUCAAGAUGGAGAUGACUGUAGAAGAUGCGUAUCGCAGGUCCAUAGAGACUGUGAUGCAAUGGAUAGAUACUGCAGUAAAUCCAAACAGGACUCGGGUUUUCUUUCGAUCAUAUGCUCCUGUGCAUUUCAGAGGUGGUGAUUGGAAGAAUGGUGGAAACUGUCACCUGGAAACUUUGCCUGAGCUAGCCUCUUCAUUAGUGCCUACUGAAUCUUGGAGUCAAUACGGGAUAGCCAAUGCUGUGUUAUCAGCUUUCUCAAACACAUCUAAGGCAAUGAAGUUCAGUGUGUUAAAUGUAACACAAUUGACAGCUCGAAGAAAAGAUGGGCAUUCGUCUUUGUACUAUCUGGGUCCUAAGCUUAGCCCUUCCUCUAUUCGCAGGCAAGAUUGCAGCCAUUGGUGUCUGCCAGGAGUCCCAGAUGCAUGGAAUGAACUCCUCUAUGCACUGUUUGUAAAGCAUGAGAGGACUAGUAUAUUGAACGCAUCAACUGAUAGCGUGCCGGGUAUGAAUAGGAACAUCUCUUUACUACAAUGAAAGGCUUCUACUUGCACAGCAAUGGUUCCUGGGGAAAAAAGAAAGGAACUGCCAAGGAAAAAACAGAUACAGAUCAAUUUUGUCACAGUUUGGGUCCUUAAUGUCAAUAGAGAGAUCAAUAUUGCGGGUUUUUGGAAUUCUUUAUUUUCAGAAAAGAAAAUGUAAUUUAUUUUCAGAAAAGAAAAUGUAAUUAUUUAGAGUUCUGUUUAUAUAUCAAUAUUUA